AUGCGAUCGAUUCUCCUGGCCGGUGUGUUAGGUCUAGCAAUCACCGCAUCCGCCGCCGCUGCUUCCGAUCAAGCUGUAUUUGGGCCGUCCCUCUCACCUUAUGAUUCAUCUGACAUACCUUCUAGUCUGAGGCCCAAGAGAAGACCUCUCAAAGGAAGGUUUCUACAUAUAACAGACAUACAUCCUGAUCCUCACUAUAAAACGGGCGCUACAUUUGAAUCGGGUUGUCACAGGAAGAACAAAAGUAAAAAGGGCAAAGGAAAGGCCCUUGAACAUGUAGCUGAGCAAGCAGAAAGAAUUGAUGAGGAUGAGGUAGACGAUGACGAUGAGAUGGAGGUUGAGAAGAAAAAGAAGGACAAAAAUGGUGUUGAUUUAGCUGGUGAAUGGGGUACAGCCGUAUCGAAAUGUGACACACCUAUGUCGCUCGUCAAUAUCACCUUUGAUUGGUUGAAGAAAGAAUGGAAGGACGAAGUUGAUUUCAUAGUUUGGACAGGUGAUAAUGCCAGACACGACAUAGACCGAUCACUUCCUCGUUCAACAAGUGAAAUCUACAAACUGAAUCGAAUGAUCGUGUCCAAAAUGUUAGAUACAUUCGGUACCGAUAUACCUAUAGUACCCAGCAUAGGUAAUAACGAUAUCUGGCCACAUAACGUAAUGGCGGCUGGACCUAGUAAACUGACAGAAGAAUUCUUACAUAUAUGGGGUAAAUUCAUCCCACCUGAUUUCGCACAUGUUUUCGAAAGAGGAGCAUAUUAUUCUUCCGAAGUGAUUCCAGAUAGAUUAGCUGUCAUUUCGUUGAACACCUUGUUCUGGUAUGACUCGAAUACACUGGUGGAUGGAUGUGGAGAUCAUUCGAAUGAUCCAGGAGCUCUAGAGAUGGAUUGGUUAGAUGUUCAAUUAUCUAAUUUUAGGGAUAGAGGAAUGCAAGUUUGGUUAACAGGUCAUGUACCUCCUCAUAUGGGUUACUAUUAUGAUAAUUGUUACCUGCGAUAUGGUGAUUUGGCAUUAAGAUAUCAAGAUACGAUCGUUGGACAUUUAUUCGGACACAUGAACAUCGACCAUUUCUUUUUCAUAGAUGUUGACGAGCUUGAAUCUACACCAGUGGCCAGACCGAAAUCAAAAGCUAGAUCAAAGAAGAACUUCUCACCACUCACUGCGAACUUAUCUUCUCUGCCUUCGCUAGAAACAAGAUUCUCAUCUGAUGGAAGAGUGAUCACUUUUGGAGGAGGAGAUACGCUGAAAGAAGAACUGAAGAAAGAUUUCCAAGAUAUGCCAUCUGGGAAAAACCUGAAACUCAAAGAUUACGUAGCUAUCAAUGUGGCUGCCAGUGUCAUUCCCACUUAUCUACCUGGCGUCAGAGUAUUCUCAUACAACAUCUCGGGAUUGGGUGACGAGAGGAAUGAAGAUUAUUUCUAUCAGCCACAUCACAAUGGUUCCCUUCUGGAAGACGACGAGGAGGAGCUUGGUGACGAAGCUGAAUAUGAGGAGGAUGACGACGUGGAAAUAACGAAGAAGAAAGACAGAAGACCAGGACAUCGACAUGGUAAAAAACCGAAAGAUGAUUGCAACAAAGUGGAAAAUGAAGAUAAACCACAUUGCGUGUUCAAACGCAAACCAAGAUAUUAUUCUAAGCAAUCACCUUCAAGAUCAAAUAGAGCAUUAUCCCCAUUAGGUUAUACUCAAUUCUACUUACCGAGACUGAGUAAACAAAGUGAGACACCAAAUUGGGAGAUUGAAUAUACGACUUAUAAAAAAGAUAUGUUACUCCCCAAUCCUGGAAACGGAAACGGAAAUGGAAAUGAAUCACAAAUUCAAACAGAUCAAAGUGUCCAACCUCUUCCUAUACCACUACAUCUCUUACCUGAAUUCGACGAUAGCUUAUUCGAUGAUAACUCUGAGACAGUCAAAGGAGACGCGGAAAUACAGAAAAAGAAAAGUAAAUUCGAGAAAGCUUUGAAGAGGAUAACACCUUGGAAAAUGUCAGAUUUGACUAUACCGAAUUAUAUCAAGCUGAGUAGAAAGUUAGUUGGGGAUAAAGAUAUGUGGGAUAAAUUCCAAGAAUUAAUGUGA